UGCCUCAUUUGCUCAGUGGGUUGCGGUUAUUCUUGUCUACACUUUGGUCUACCACAUGAUGGAGCCACCUAUGCAGUUCUAUGAGAUUGUUGGUGAGGGUAAUGAGAUACAGGAAGAACCUGAGCAGAUCAGCAACUACAGUAGGUCUCUGCUUCAUGAGGCGGAAUGGCCAGGGAUGGUUGAUAAAGUAACAGAGCACUCAAAGACACCAUUCAUCGCCAGAGUUUUCAUGAGCAUUUCAGGUUCCUCGCAGAAUACAUUUCCUGAUAUUGAUUUUACUGAAGAGGGAACUUCUGGUGCUGGACCAAGCAGUCCUAAGUCGCUCAGAUGUUUGGCAGAGCCAAGAAUGGUCAGAAGGAUCAGGGUUGUAGCUGAAAAGACUCCAACCCAGCACGUCCUUCAGCCACCGACAAUUGCCUCUUUGCUUGCCAUUAUCAUCGGCAUGGUUCCUGUCUUGAAAGAUUUUGUGUUCGGGGCUGAUGCACCACUCUCGUUCUUCACUGAUAGUUUGGAUAUCCUAGCUGCUGCAGUGGUUCCCUCGGUGAUGUUAAUUCUCGGAGGCAUGCUUGCGGAAGGCCCAAAGGAUAAUGCCUUGGGCAUCAGGACUAUCGUCGGUAUAAUUGUGGCAAGGCUUUUGGUGCUCCCAUGCAUUGGCAUUGGUGUUGUGACGCUAGCAGACAAAUUGAAUCUACUUGUUGAGCAAGACCAUACGCACCGCUUUGUUCUUUCGCUUCAGUACUCCACGCCAAGCGCUAUCCUGCUUGGAGCAAUUGCCAGCCUGAGAGGAUAUGGUGUUAAGGAAGCAUCGGCUCUUCUAUUCUGGCAGCAUAUUUGUGCAGUGUUCUCCCUUUCUCUCUACCUGAUUGUGUACUUCAAGUUGAUGUCUUUCAUUUGAAGACAAUGGCCAUCCAUCCUAAUCUGGCAUAUAUAUUGCAACCAUCUUGGGGCAAUGAUGGCUUGGAAAAGGAGUACUAGAAGAAUUAUUUUUUUCAGCCUUGUCUCGUAUCAGUGAAAAGUGUUUAUAGUUUGGUAGUUAUCUAUAUUUCAAUUACAUGUAUCGUUUGAGAACAGGAGAUACAUUUAUUGUCAGUUCAUUUUGGUCAAUAUAUUGCUGUGAGUUUCAUGAUACUA